AAGGGAGACCAAAGCAGCCAGGCGCCGGCUUUACAGUGCAGUGAAGUCUCUGUGAAAUGACACAGUUGAGAAGAAAGUGCUUGUCAGCUGUUUGUUGGAGACCACUACAAUUCCUCCUGGCUGCUGUGGAGAAGAAGCCUGGUAGCCUCCCACUGUGAUUGGCUGUCACACUUUAGGCUCCCCCUCCUCUUCUCUGACUCCCCUCUUCUCUCUCUCUCUCUCUCUCUCUGCUUCUAACCCCCUCCAUACAGUCCUCAGGCUUACCUGAGCCACAACUGCAGAAACGCUGGACCCCCCUCCUCCACACACACACACACACACACACACACACACACCUCGUGCUCUCUCUCUCUCUCUCUCUCACACACACACACACUCAGCUUUUCACCUGGAGAGGGCAUUCGCAAGGGAAGGCAUGUGCAGCAGCAACAGCAGCAGUCUCUCCUCACAUCUAGCGCUGCCUCUCUGAGUUGCCUCUUUCUGGAGAGUGGAGAGGAACUCUGAAAAAGAGAUUUUGGAGCCAUCGUCCCUUGGCGAAAGCAGGCGAGACGGGGGGGCAGUGAGGGACACCAAAGGCAACGUACAUCAUGAUUUUGGGAGGCAUAAACCGGGCCGGGGCGGCAGUGCCGACAUUCUUGCGGACCCCCACGAUGCUCCAGCCCCACCUGGACAUGAAACCCUUCCUACAGUUCCCCAUGGAGACCGCCCCUCCACACAGCAUGAGCCUCUUCCACAACUUCAACGCGAUGGAUCCGGUGCAGAAGGCCGUGAUCAACCACACCUUUGGAGUUCCUCUGAUCAAGACCAAGCGGCCAGUCAUCUCCUGUAACGUCUGCCAGAUCCGCUUCAACUCAGAGAGCCAGGCAGAAGCCCAUUACAAAGGAAACCGGCAUGCCAGGAGAGUCAAAGGCAUCGAGACCUCUAAGAGUCGCCCUCAGGAGGGGGACAAGCCUCAUACUGUGCCCCCCACCACCUCCCCGUCUCCGCCCGGCGCCCCUGGCAGCGCCCCAGACAGCGAGCCCAGCAAAGCGGAUGAAACACGGCCUCUGUUACAAUUAAACGGGCCCCUGCUGGCCCCGGGGCCCCUUCCCCCUCUCACCACCCCGCCUACCCCACCAAUGGACGUCCCCAUGCCCUCGGUGUGCCCCCUCCUGCCUUCCCCCACUCCUCCCCUGAUCCCCCCCUCCUCAUCCUCCCCAGGCUGCGGCACUGGCAGCGCCGGCUCAGAGCAACCCGGGUCUGGACCCCCUGUUUCAGGAGCCGCCGGCACCACGGCCCCCAGCCCGUCCAAUCCGGAGACGGAGGAGGACAAGGCCAAGAAGCUGCUCUACUGCUCCCUGUGCAAGGUGGCUGUCAACUCCUUGUCACAGCUGGAGGCCCACAACAAAGGUACCAAACACAAAACUAUCCUGGAGGCACGGAGCGGGCUGGGCCCCAUCAAGGCGUAUCCUCGCCUGGGCCCCAAGCCCAUCGGAGAGCAGGGAGGGGGGCCGGUGGACCCCAACACUCAGGAACGAACCUUCCACUGUGAGAUCUGCAAUGUGCGGGUCAACUCUGAACUGCAACUCAAACAGCACAUAUCAAGUCGAAGACACCGGGACGGCAUGGCGGGCAAGCCUAACCCCCUCCUCAGCCGACACAAGAAGCACAGGGGAGCUGAUCUGACGUCAUCUUUGACCUUCUCCAAGGAUCUCACCAAAGCUUUGGGUGCAGGCCUCUUGCCCAGCCCCUUGGCUGUUGCCGCAGCAAUGGCCGCCGCAGCUUCCUCGAACCAGCUGGCUCUCCGCGCAGCAAAUCCCGCGCACCACCAUCACCUCCACCCGCACCACCACCUAUUGCAAGGCCCGCCUCUCAGCCACGCCAUCCUGAGACCCGCCCCCGGGCCCAUGCGCACCACCCACGGGCCGAUCCUUUUCUCCCCUUACUGACACAUCCCCCUCUGACUUCGGGCCAGUCAGGAACAGCCACUCCAAAAGCACACUGUGAAGAUACAAAACAUGAUCAACAAACAGCAAUUGAUAAGGGGGGAAAAAAGUCCAACCAUUUAAAUAUUGAACUGAGAGAAACGCAAGGGAAAGGAGCAGCGGAGCGGAGUAGAAGUAUAUGUCUCGCUUCCCUUUACCUGAAACUCUCCCUCCAUUUCAAAGACUUCUGAGUGAUCCGCAGAUGGAGCAGAGGAGAGACUUUCAUUAUGCAUUGAACUCCCUUGUACAUCUCUCACCUCCCCCGUUCCCUCUCCCUUGCACUGUGGCCCCGUCACGGCCGCCUCGAUAGCUACAGAAGAAACACACCUUUCUAGAAACAUUAAAAAACCACAUGUAGUGUUACAUAAUUAUUCUGAGCCGGGUUGGUUUUUCUCCCGUCGUCGCGGCUCAACUUGUUCCUCUCAUCCUAUGCACCUCAAGACAAUAAUGUUAUGUCAGUAGGGUAGCUGCUUCAAUCGGUCUUUGCUGUAUGCGCCAUGUGUAGCUGUGGCGGCCUCCGCGGUACUGUACAUGUCCCCUUCUGCGCCGGAGGUCAGCAACUCUUCAGUUUGUGACACUAGGUCCUCGCUAGAUGCAACAUGACUUGGGCAUGACAGGCAGGUGGUUGCCACAUCUGAACAUGUCUGAUGGUUUUGGUGGGUCUGGGGGGGGGGGGGUUAAGAGAGCAGAAAAGUGACUGUGGGGGAUUGCGCUCCGCUGUCAUUUCCUGAGACGGUGAGGUGAGAGGAGGGCUGGCACAGGUCAGUGGAUGGGUUGACCCCAGGCAGCAUGCAGACACACACAGGCCCCAACGAAUCUGUGUUUUAAAAUAGACUGCGCCACAGGGCACGUCUGUCAACCUCCAUAUCAGUCAGAGCAGGGCCUCACUAAAGGGGAACGAGCAGAAGUCACACAUACUGUACUGCUGUAUUUCAUACUUGAUCCUUAUCUGUAGCUUACAUUGUGUUUGAUGGCAAUAAUCUUUUACUUACAGUAAUGAAAAAUACUGGAGAGAGCAUAGUUCAUAUGUAAUUGGUGAGACUUCUGUUCACAUUAAGCCAUCAAAAAGAAAAUUAUCGACAUCCUCCCUGGUCUUCAUUCGCAGGCUGAUUGACUGUGUAGGAGGUAUGACUUAGGUGCGACCCUGUGUACCGUUGCACAUAUGUCCUGCAUGCAGCAUAAGAUCAAUAAGAUCAACAAGGUCAGGCUUCUGCAUCAUUGGGUUUCCAUCGCUGCCCUAUCCUCCUCCUCCUCAUCACCUCCCCCAUCUCCAGUCUAUAGCAGAGGGCACAUCAGCACUGGCAACCAUAAUGCUCAAAGGGAACAAAUUAUAAAAGAGAGGAAGAUGAAAGCCAAAUACAUCCUUAGAGAAAUGAUCUUGAGCUGGAGUGACAACCGAACCAGAAGCCCAGCGAUGGAGGCCGCCCCGGGGGCAGAGAAGCCGAGACGUCCAGCUCAAGGCGUCCACCCAUACUUUCCCGUCUUACAACUGAAAGCCAUGAAACGCACCAUGAUUUGUUUUCUUUUACAAAAACUGGUGAGCACUUUGUUUUGUUUUGGUUCGGACUGUUGGUUUGCAUUUAUAUCACACAUAAAAAAGAAAAUAGGAAACACAAUAAAAAUAUUUUUGUAGGUAGGAAAUGGUAAUAACUGCAUUCAUGAAGGGAUAAGAAGAAGGGUGGAUUAUAUAAGUGUUGACUCGGCGGAGGAGCCACAGAAGCUAGCUAAGCGGCGGCAGCAGACCAGACGGCUUGAAAACGUUCACCCUUUUCUGAACGAGAUGUACACUGUGCCCUUUCAUUGAGAAGCAAUGAGCUCUAAUGUCUUACCUUUGUCUGAAUAUUGCAAUGCAAUGAGCAAUUUUUAUCAGAGUGACUUGUUAUCAUUGUGACAUGUUGUGACAUGUUGUCUGGAGUCAUGUGUAAACAGACUUUUCUGUUCUUCCAUUAGGAGUACAAGCCCACGAACGGACACAGAGAGAGAGAGAGACAGGGAUGUAGCUGGGCUUAGGGACCGACCCUUCAUAUUAAAGGGCCUUUUUACGAUGGUAAUCUCUGCUUGGGGAACAGGGUACAACACCAGGUAUCAAGGGAUUAAAGCUAGAAUUGUUCAACAGGCUUAUUUGUUUUUUAGUUGGACUUACUGAGUUAUUUUUUUCUCUGUGUGUGUGAGAAAUGUGUUUAAUCCUGAGGAACAUUAUCAAUGCCAUUACUUAAAGAAGAAGCUGGCUUGGUGUCAGCUCCCACCGUCGUGCUCUUUUCUUUUUUUUUGUCGCUGAACGAAACAGUCGUUGCAGAGUUCAUUUUGUGAGUGAGAUAUUAUUCCAGGAUCCGUGCUCUCCUUCCUGUUGGUGUGUGUACCAUAUGUGUUCUAGUGUGUGUUGGGACCCUUCCCACCAAUCAGAGACAGAGGCAACCUGGAGCUAUAAAGUGGCCUAACACAAUAAUGGAGAUAAAAAACCUGCACAUGUUUGGGAAGAUUGAUCAAUCAUCCCGAAUUCAAAGUAAUGUAGUAAUGUUGUCCCUGGUAGGUCGGUCAAGUAGCAGCACCACAGAUAUGUUCAUGCUGUGGCACUAAUUCAUCCUCAUUAUUCACAUAUGGGAAAUAAAUGUUAGAUUCCUAUUUUCUGGGCAGGUAUUUCAUGUUAGCUGUGUUUAGGCUAAUAGCCUUAGCCUUAUUCUGCCCUCAGCCUCUCCCAGAGCAGAGCGAUGGACAGACAGUAAGAGAGAGAGAUGGAGGAGAGGCUAUGGUGUAAUUUUGUCUUGCCAAUAAAGUUAUUUUUGAAUUUCAUUGUCAGAGGGGACAAAGAGUUUGUAUGGCGAACUGUAGCAAUACCUGACUCAUUCUGGCUACUCUUGUUUAUUGCAAUAAGAAAAUUAAACAAUAAAUGUGUAUGUGAGUAAAACAUUAUAAAUGUAAUUUAAAUGAAAAAGAAACUUUAUGGUAAAUACUAUUGGUAUCGAGAGAAACCAUGGUGGGAAAAAAAAGUAAAUGUCAAUAAAUCAUUAAAUGAAACAAA